AUGGAGCAGCAUCUGUUUAUACUCCUGCUUUUCACAGUUCCUCUCGUCCUGUCUGUCCCUCGUCAGUACUAUCUGAUCCAGCAGGGGAAAAACUGGAGUGAUGCUCAGGCUUACUGCAGAGCCACACACACUGACCUGGCUAUCAUCGACAGUAAUGACAACAUGGUCCGACUUCAGAAUGAAGCACAGAGACAUCAAUUCAGUUUCAGUGCUUGGAUUGGACUCUACAAUGACAUCAACAGCUGGCGCUGGUCCAUGGGGAAUUUUACAGUGGGAAGCACAAGAUGGCAUUCCGGUGAACCUGACAACAAUGGUGGACAUCAAGAGUGUGGUGCGAUAACGCCUGUGGGUUUGUCAGACAUUUCCUGUACUGCACUAUUCCCUUCUGUUUGUUUUGAUGUCAGUAAAACUGGAAAUCAGAGGUACAUUUACAUUUCUACUACUAUGUCAUGGCUUGAAGCUCAGACCUACUGUAGACAGCAUCACACAGACUUGGCCAGCUCAAGAGAUGCAACUGAAGACUCAGUUAUAAAGGCACUGAUAUCAGGCUGGACUUGGUUUGGUCUGUUCAGAGACUCCUGGAAGUGGAAAGACCAAACCAAUUUCUCUACCAUCAGAUGGAUGACUGGAAAACCUGAUAAUGCCCUGAAGAAUGAAAACUGUGGUUAUAUAAAUAACGGUCAGGCUGCUGAUGCUCUGUGUUCAGACAUAAUGCCUUUCUUCUGUUACUCAGAUAUCAAGGUACAACAAACACUAAGAGUGAAGGUCCGAUCUGAUAAGGAUGUGAAUGAUCCUGCAGUGAUGACGGCCAUCUUGGAGCAGAUCAACCAGAAACUGAAGGAUGAUUUGGGGACAGAGAACAUCACAGUGAAAUGGCGUAAACAACCAGAUGGAGUUGUGUUUCACAAGCUGAAAGAAGAAAAAAAUACUACAUUAGUAAAUAAUAAGUGUGACCUCUAAAUCUGUUACCUCUAAGUUAUCUUUAAGUUACCUUUAGAUCAAUUAAUUUUGAAUUAACUGUUUAGCUGUUAUAUGUACAUAUAUUUGCAUAAUACAUAUAUGUUAAAUCUAUUUCUAUAACUAGUAGUCAAUAAGUAAUGUAUAUUAAAUGACUGUUUUAUUUGUUCCGGAUAAGGGUGUUUGCCAAAUGCCAUAAAUGUAAAGUUAAAUAUAAGAGAUACAAGUCAGGCUCUCGUUCACCAUAUUGUGAAGUAUUGUGUGUUCCAAGCCUUCUUUAUUGUCGAUAUUGCCUCAUUGUGUAUUGACCUGUUUUACUAUUCUUGGUUUUUGGUUUCUGUUUAGCAUUUAUUUGCCACACAUCUUGUUUGCCCAUGGUUUGAAC